AUUAGCGCAAACACCAUUUUUGGGUUGGCGGGAAAUUUAAAGAGGGUGUGAAUAAUAUGAAAGAAACUUUUGAAAAUUGAAAACAACCUGGCUUUUUACACAUGGAGGGAAGAAAAAUUUACUAUCGUUUGCGAAGAAUAGGUGAUCGCGCAACAAUGAAACACGUUGCUGACGUUUUUGUUUUGCAACAAAAUAUUACAGUCAUCGGAAGGGCAAAACGUAAUGUUGACUUCUUUAUUGCAUCAUCCAAACACAAAGCAUUGAUCUCAAGAAUUCAUGCAAGAAUUUCCAAGUCACAGACUCAGUUUGGUGAUGUUUUUAAAAUCUAUGAUGUCAGUCUUAAUGGCACAUUUGUGAAUGAUAUUAAAAUACCCAGUGAGGCUUUGUUAAAACCUGGAGAUGUGAUCACCUUCGGUCAUGUACAAGGAGCAUUGCUGCAAACUGGCAAUUGCUAUAAACAACUAAAUUCAGAAUUCAGAUUUUUGUUUGAAAGUUUUCAUUGUGAGGAGGGAAUUGAUUGGAAAAAUUAUGAAAUUCACAACAACCAAAAGGAAACAAACAUUUCACAGGAUAUCUUGGAUACUCCAGCAACAUCUUCUUUCCUAUCUACAAAUGGCACUAUUGAUAUAAGAAGGGUUCUUAGUUUUGACAAUAGUGAUGACUAUAAUGUGUUGAAGGAAGAUGCUUCAAUGGCAGCCUCUUGUUUCACGAACGAAAAUGAAACAGACGAAGAUUUCUUCCCCCCCAAAUAUUCAGAAGAAUUUCCUUCACGUCAUGCUGCUUGUGAAAACAAAUACAAAAGUUUGAUUAAACCAGAGAAGAAAAGACCAAGAUCAACAGAAGAUUUGCAACCAAACAAUGAUGCUUGUUCUGCAUCAAAAUGUAUGAAACCAGAUAGCAAUAUCAUCUCAUGGGUUCAAUGUGAUGAUUGUGAUUGUUGGUAUCAUAUCAAAUGCUGUGGACUCUCGUUAAAACUUGUUCAAGUAAAAAAUUCAAAAUUUCACUGUGGUUGCUUAUAAUUAAACAACUAUAAAAACUAUAUACUAUUAAAAUGUAUGCUACGUACCACAAUAAUACCUCAUUGUUCUGUUUUUAAUGGUUUGUACAGUUGUACUGAGAAUUGUUGACUUUCAUUA